AGCCCUGUCCCCCGGCGGUUGUGCCAUGGCAGCCUGGGGCCCUGACUGCCUCCCCAGGGCCCAUGCGUGCCCGUGCGCUGGUCUCCGCACCCUCUCAGCUGGCUUGCCGCUGUCUGCCCCUCACAUAUCUUUUAAAAUAAAAUCCAGUAGGCAGCUAUGCUAGCACACUGGUAUAGCUCACACAGACUUGGCAUUAACCAGGCCCAGUAUGCCCAGCAGCUCCUGGCUCAGUGCUCCAGCUGGGUCAGGGGCAGGUGGUGGGGAGCGGGCGGGCCUGCCCCAGACCCUGGCCUCAGCCUUGGCUUAUUUUCCUGGAACGCUGCAUGCCUGAGCCAAGGCCUCCAGCUGGGGCAGUCUGGGCGCUAUAAGAGGGUGUCCGGGGGGCCCCGACUGCAGCCCGCCUCACCUCUCGUCACCAUGGACCCCUGCCUGCCCGUCUGGGUGCUGUGGCUGCUGCUGCUGCCCACUUCGGGGCUGGCACUGAGUCCCGCACCAGCCCCUGCCACGCGGGAGAAGCUGUGCGGCCACCAGUUGCUGCGUACCCUGGUGCGUGUGUGCGGGGGCCCGAGCUGGUCCCCCGAAAUCCGCAGGGAGGUGCCCACCGGCGGCGACCGUGAGAUGCUGCAGCUGCUGCAGGGACAACGCCUCAUCCUAGGGUUGCUGGCGGACCAGGAACCGGCACAACCCGGGCUCGGCGCCUCCCGCCGCCGCCGCCGGGAGACCUACUCCGCACAACGGUGCUGUCUUUACGGCUGUACCCUGCAGGAAAUGCUGCUCCUGUGUCCCCGCUGACGCCUCCUGGGGUGCAGACUCCGGGGCGGGGUGAGGCAGCGCCAAG